AUGACCACCUUUGCCCGCGCAACUGAUCGAGUUCUGGAUACAUUAUUGCUUGCGACCGGCGGCACUCCCGCAGAAGUCGUCCUGGCUGACGAUCGCCAACCUUCUACAUCCCCAUUCAUCACCGACGACCCAUCCACCCCGAAUACCCCCCUUCCACCUUCCAGCACAAGAUUCUCAGCCCCAACUCCUCAAGAUCAACAAAUACUACAAGAAUUACAACAAUACACGAGCUCGUCUGCAAGCACUUCCGCAGUAGGCUCCCCAGCUCUCCUGCCUUCCCAAACCCAAGUCCUCGGCCGUCGACAGCGGGAAAGCUCAACAGAUUCGGAGGAGCAAGACGGUAUCCAACAGGGUCUAAGGGCUCCAGCGAAUGCCCAGUCGAGCAGCAACGACCAUCGAGCAAAACGAAGACGGCAAGGUUCUAGAAUGAGAUUAGAGGGAGAGAACAAUAGCUCAAAUGGGACCUCGAGGCCAUUCUCCAAUGGGUCGGGGCCUUCCGCCCUGCAUAAAGCUGCACUCUCGAAUUCUGCGAACGGCACGCGUCGCUCUUCGGUAGCGAUGAACGGGUCGAAUACAAACGGACACUCAAGUGGGAAGCAGAAGCCAACAUAUUUUGGCCACGACCGAGAAGAAGUGACUAGGAUUUUGAUACAGUCCCUUACAGACCUGGGAUAUAACUCUGCUGCUUCAAGUUUGAGUCAAGAAAGUGGUUUCAAUUUGGAGAGUCCAACCGUAGCCAAGUUCAGAAAUGCUGUGCUGGACGGAGAGUGGUCGCAAGCAGAGAGUUUACUGUUUGGAGGCUCACUAGAAGAUGGAGGAGUCAGUAUUGACGGAGAUGGCCUAGUUCUACAAGAGGGAGUGGACAGAAAUGUUAUGCGCUUCUGGUUAAGGCAACAGAAAUUUCUGGAACUGCUCGAACAACGGGAUACGGGAAGAGCUUUAAUGGUACUUCGCCUGGAACUCACACCCCUCUAUCAGGACACAACCAAACUUCAUUUCCUUUCAAGCUUACUAAUGUGCCAAUCAACUGAAGAUCUCAAGAGCAAAGCAGAGUGGGAUGGAGCCGAAGGACAUUCUCGCCAGCACCUACUCUCUGAACUUUCUAAAUGCAUCUCGCCCUCAGUCAUGCUACCAGAACACAGAUUAGCCGUAUUACUAAGCCAAGUAAAACGGAACCAGAUAGACAAUUGUCUUUACCACAACACUUCGGCGUCCCCAUCUUUAUACCAAGACCACGCUUGUGAUAGGAGCCACUUCCCUCUUCACACUGUUCUGGAACUGGACAAACAUACAGGUGAAGUAUGGCAAGUGAAGUUUUCGAAUGAUGGGGAACGCUUAGCGAGUUGUGGGAAAGAUGGAACCUGUCUCAUCUAUGAGGUGGGAAGCUUUGAUGUGCUUCAAAAUCUUACCAAAUCAGAAGCUGGAAUUGCUUCAAUAUCCUGGAGUCCUGAUGAUUCGAUGAUUGUCACGUGUGGGAGAGAUCAUCUUGCUAUUCUUUGGGACACUCACACUGGGCAAAUACUAAAACAAUUACCCCGCUUUGGGGAGCCUGUGAGCAGUUGCGUGUGGGCUCCAGAUGGUCAAACUUUCGUGAUAGGCUGUCUUGACAAGGAGCGAAACCUGAGUCAAUGGAAUCUUCACGGUGAUACGAUUUAUGACUGGGGCCGAAAUCAUCGGAUACAAGACAUUGCAGUCUCACCAAAUGGGCACUACUUAGUGGCUAUGGACAACGAGACUCAUCUCCACGUUUACAAUUUUGUCACUCGAGAACUCGAGUAUGAACUUGAUAUGAAGGUCACCAUGACCUCCGUUAGUAUCAGUCAAAACUCGCGGUAUCUGUUGGUCAACAAGACCGAUGGCGAGGCUCAAAUGUUGGAUUUAGACACACAAGCUACUGUCCGGUCAUUCAAAUCUGGGGUCAAGGGUGGAAAUUUUGUCAUCCGGGCAACAUACGGCGGCGCCAAUGAGAGUUUCGUGAUUUUUGGAAGCGAAGAGGGCCAAGUUUUCAUCUGGCACAAGGAAACCGGCCAGCUGAUUGAAAGAUUGGAAGGACAUGGCAAGGCAUCGUGCAAUUCCGUGUCCUGGAACCCGAACAACCCAUCAAUGUUCGCCACCGUUGGAGAUGAUGCGAAAGUCCGAAUAUGGGCAGAUGUCGAUCACUUAGAAAGGAGGAUAUCGAAUGGCUCCCAACGUCACUCCAAUGGCCGGUAG